AUGCUGUGUGGCUUACGUACUGCCUCCUCCGUGGCAAGCGAGCGAUGGGACAAGUGUGAGAUGCUGCAAAGAGCACUGGCAAAAGCCGUAACCGGUUCUCUGUCCCUGGAGACCCGAGCCUGCAGCAGCUCCCGAGCUCUCGCUGGAGCCUGCAAGCUGCAGCGUGCUCGACAUCGCACAGGUGCGUUCCUGUUUCCCGUAAUACCAGCGACAUGUGGGAAGUGCACUGAGUCAGCUGCUCCAAAAUGCCGCCAGCAGAUAAAAAGCCCAUUUGUCUCCAGGACGUGCAGCGAGAAGGUGGGGUGCGGCGAGAAGGUGGGGAGACAUCCUGCAGCAAACAUGUCAGGCUGUUUGGAGCGUUAUGGGAAAAUACUGAAUGUUGACACAACUGGAGCUUCGGAGGCAACCGCAAAACCGGAAGGCCUGAGCUAUGCAGGAGUUCCUGCCUCAGAGAAGAUUGCAGAAAGAGAUUUGAAGAACAUGGAGAAAUACCAAGCUAAGAUUACAAAAGUUGGCAACAGCAAGUGUGUUGAUCCAGCUGUGAUUGCUGGUAUUAUCUCUCGAGAGUCGCAUGCUGGGACAGUGCUGAAGGACGGCUGGGGUGACCAUGGAAAUGCAUUUGGUUUAAUGCAGGUUGACAAACGGUACCAUAACAUUGUCGGGUCAUGGGACAGCGAAGAGCACUUAGCACAAGGCACAGAUAUUUUAUGCGGGAUGAUAAACGAAAUCCAGAAGAAAUUCCCAACUUGGACAAAGGAACAGCAGCUCAAAGGUGGGAUUUCAGCUUAUAAUGCAGGAGCUAACAACGUCCAGAGCUACGACAGAAUGGAUAUUGGCACAACACACAAUGACUACGCCAAUGAUGUGGUUGCAAGAGCCAAGUUUUAUAAAAGAAAUGGAUACUGAGAUAUCUGAGUGAUGAUUAGAUUUGAGUCACUGAUUGCAUACUUUGCUUCUAAUUAAAAAAAUCCUGAAUUUCUCCCCCAGAAAGAGUAAGAAGGGGGGAGGGCAAUGAAGCCAGAAACAAGUGCAAGCUUUCAAUCCUUUUUUUUCAGCUAAGCUAAAAAAUCACUUUAAAAGAUAACACCGCUAAUAAUCCAAACUGCAACCUAUCUUUUGCCAUUUAUUUUUAAUCUCACUUCAUGAGAAUAUUCAAGCAUAGUUUUCAUCUGUGCUUGCAGUUUCUCAAGCAGCAGAUUAAUGCUGCAAGAAAGUUGUAACUGCUUAACAAGAUUUUAUCUGCCUUAGAUUCUAUCUGUCAAUACAUGUGUCUAACAG